CCAGACUUCACAAGUUCUAAUUCCCUCCACAAGCUCAGUUACCAAGACACAUAGGACGAGAAUAUCAUGCGCGCAGAGAGCCUCAUUUUCAGUUCCAUCUGUUAAUAUUCGUUUCCCCAGUUCUACAAUUCUGUAGUUUGGAGUUUCUUUGUUGGUCAAGGCUAUCGUCGUCAUUUUGCCGAAUUCGCAACCUUAUUCAAGUACAACAACAUUCAAGCCAAAGGUCAACACUAGUAUUCUUCGACAAGAAGCAGUGCCGUGUAGAAUAAUCGAUAGGCAUCUGAUUCCUACCUGGACGAGCAACCUCUUUACCCAUCCACUAUCAUAAUCACACAGAAACCCCACCCUCAAGAUGUCAAACACCGAUUUCCUCGGCCGCGCCAUAGACGUGGUUAAAAAAGCUAUCGAAGCCGACACUGCAGCCGAAUAUGAUAAAGCAUACCAGCUCUACUACCAAUCCCUCGAACUAUUCAUGCUCGCACUCAAAUGGGAAAAAAAUGCCAAAUCUAAGGAAAUGAUCCGCGCCAAAGCAGGUGAAUACAUGGAACGAGCCGAAAAACUAAAAACACAUCUCGCAGAGGCGGAUGGCAAGCGGAAGAAACCUAGUAUGAUGGGUGCGAAUGGGAGUUCGACGGGAGGAAAAGCGAAUGAGGAGGAAGGAGAUCCGGAAAGUAAGAAAUUGAGAAGUGCAUUACAGGGUGCGAUUUUACAGGAUAAACCGAAUAUUAAGUGGGAAGAUGUUGCGGGUCUGGAGGCAGCGAAGGAAGCGCUGAAGGAGGCAGUUAUCUUGCCAAUUAAGUUCCCGCAUUUGUUUACGGGAAAAAGACAACCUUGGAAGGGUAUUCUGCUUUAUGGACCACCAGGAACGGGAAAGAGUUAUUUGGCUAAGGCAGUGGCUACGGAGGCGAAUAGUACGUUCUUUAGUGUGAGCAGUUCAGAUUUGGUUAGUAAAUGGAUGGGAGAGAGUGAAAGGUAUGUUUCUUGAUUUUUAAUAUGAAGUUGGGGGCAUGUCUAAUCGUUGAAACAGAUUAGUUAAACAACUAUUUACCAUGGCCCGGGAAAACAAACCCUCUAUUAUCUUCAUUGAUGAAGUAGACGCUCUUUGCGGCCCUAGAGGAGAAGGAGAAUCGGAAGCCUCGAGACGUAUCAAAACGGAAAUGCUUGUACAAAUGGAUGGUGUAGGAAGAGACAGUCGAGGCGUGUUAGUUCUGGGUGCUACAAAUAUUCCUUGGCAACUAGAUGCCGCCAUUCGACGUCGUUUCCAACGUCGUGUUCACAUUUCCCUCCCAGAUUUACCUGCACGGACAAAAAUGUUCGAAAUCAGUGUCGGUACCACACCUUGUGAACUCGUGGCUUCAGAUUACAGGAAAUUGGGAGAGUUAAGUGAGGGUUACUCUGGAAGUGAUAUUAGUAUUGCGGUUCAAGAUGCUCUGAUGCAACCUGUACGGAAGAUUCAAACUGCUACACAUUAUAAAAAGGUAUGUUUCCGCCAUCUCACCCCGCAAACCCAUUUCUCGACAAUGCGAAAAAGUAAUUAACACCUCCAAAAGGUCAUGGACGACGGCGUAGAAAAACUAACCCCGUGCUCACCCGGCGACGCUGGUGCCAUGGAAAUGUCCUGGACAGAAGUUGAUUCAGACAAACUCCUCGAGCCACCCCUCCAAGUAAAAGACUUCAUCAAAGCCAUUAAGGGAGCUAGACCUACCGUCUCACAAGAAGAUAUCCAAAGGAGUACGGAAUGGACAAAUGAAUUUGGUAGUGAAGGUGCUUAAUUUCUCUCAUUUAUUGAAAUUAAUUAGUACAAUGAUUGGUUGAACAAGCAAGCAAGUGAUCAAGUCAUAGCGAAAAGAAAAAAGUUUCAAGCUCAGCGGAAAGUGUUACUGAGAGUGAUAGGAGGAAGAGGAGUAUAGGAUAUGGCAUGGAGGCGAGUAUGGCGUUUAUAAAUGGAUAGCGUUCUAAACCGAAUGAACGUCCAGCAUGAUUUAAGAUGCUUCGAGUUGAGAAAGGCGAAAAGCUACAAGAAGAAUACAAUACAAUACAUAUAUGUCAAUAAUAUCCAGGUCUCACACUACACUU